UAUCACACCACCUUAAGACUAACAGUCACAACUAGCACAAUGACUCUCCACACCAAUCUCAACUUCUUCUUUGUGAUCUUCUUUCUCUUCAUUAUCUACCCCUCUACCUUCACUGCAUCAUCACUUUCUCAUUCUAAACCUGAAGAUGAAGAGUUUGGCUACACAGAAGGAAGUAGAAAUGGGCCAGAUAAUUGGUGGCGUCUCAACCCAAAAUGGAGAGUAUGUGGGAAAGGAAAACGACAAUCUCCCAUUGAUCUCUCAGACAAAGUGGUGCACGAGUUUCCUCAACUGGGUAACCUCCAAAAAUAUUACAAACCAGCUCCUGCUCUUCUCAAGAACAUGGGUCAUGUCAUCAUGGUGAAAUGGAAUGGGAAUGCAGGGCAGCUUAACAUAAAUGGAACUUACUACAAACUGGUUCAAUGUCAUUGGCACACACCUUCAGAGCACACGUUCAAUGGAACAAAGUUUGAGCUGGAACUUCAUGCAGUCCAUCAAAACUCUAAAGGAGAGAUUGCUGUUAUUGGAAUAUGGUAUAAAAUUGGUCGUCCUGAUCGCUUGCUUUCAAAGCUUCUGAAGGAGUUAAAAUCACUUGGUGAGAAGGAUAUAGAUUUAGGAGUUAUUAACCCAGGAAUGAUGGAGUUAGGCAGAAAGUACUACAGAUACGUUGGUUCUCUUACAACUCCACCAUGCACUGAAGGUGUUGUUUGGACAAUAGUGAAGAAGGUGAAGACAGUAUCAAGGAAGCAGUUGAGAGCACUGAAAGAAGCUGUUCAUCAUGGAUAUGAGAAUAAUGCAAGGCCAACGCAGGAACUUCAUGGAAGACAAGUUUGGUUAUACAACCAUAAGACUUAAAUGUGUGUAUAAAGAUGUGAUAGGUAGUUUCUUUGAUUUGUUUGUUUUUGCUGGAAUAGGAGAUAAUAUAAUGAGAACUUGUAAUUUUCAGUGAGAGCAAUUGGCAAUAAAAAUAUUAUCUUGGAUACA